CGGAGUCGGAGGAGGAGAAGGAGGCGCGUGCGGGUCCUGCCGGUCCCCGAGAGCGCUAUGCGCGUCGGAGUGGGGGAGGGAAGGGGGCGGGGCCUGGGUCCGGUUGGCUCCCGGGCGAAUUGGUGCACGCCGGGAGUUGGAGUUCCGUCGGCAGGACCUGUCGCCACCUCCCCUGCGCCCCUCCCGGGGCGUGUGUCCCAGGAGCCGACUCUGAGGACGAGGACGGAGUGGCUGGACUGGAGCAGGAGGCGGCCGGGCCUCCUGCGCAGACGGCUGGGCCGGCAGGAAGCUGGGGAGCGCCGGAGAGAAUGCCACAGGAGACACUUCCUUCAGGUUUCAGUGCCAGGAAGAGCUGUGCCACUUCUGGGCCACUGAAGACUGUGCAGCCUUUUUAACUGAUGAAGAACAAGGCUUUGUCUUCCUGUAAUUCUGAAGUGAAGUUGAGUCACCCAACAAGAAAAAACUAUGUCCAGUUAAAAUAUAGGCAUUAGUAAUAGAAUGCUGAAACAAACCUCUGGAUUGGCUUCAUUGGCUUUCCUGCUUCUUUUGCAUCCCAAAGCAUAAGCUUAAAUCAUCUCAGAAGGACAAGGUCCGCCAGUUUAUGGCAUUUACUCAGGCUGGUGAAAGAACUGCCAUCUACUGCUUAACACAGAAUGAGUGGAAACUAGACGUGGCCACUGACAACUUCUUUCAAAACCCAGACUCAUUCCACAAGGAAUCCAUGAGAAACGCAGUGGACAAGAAGAAGCUGGAGCAGCUGUAUAACAGGUACAAAGACCCACAAGAUGAAAAUAAAAUUGGAAUUGAUGGGAUUCAGCAGUUUUGUGAUGAUUUAAGCCUAGAUCCUACUAGUAUCAGCGUUUUGGUUAUAGCAUGGAAAUUCAGGGCAGCAACUCAAUGUGAAUUUAGCAAAAAGGAAUUUGUAGAUGGCAUGACGGAGCUUGGGUGUGACAGUAUAGAAAAGCUGAAAGCUCUUCUGCCAAGAUUGGAGCAAGAACUUAAGGACACAGUAAAGUUUAAGGAUUUUUAUCAGUUUACUUUUACUUUUGCCAAGAACCCUGGGCAAAAAGGUUUAGGUUUACCUUCAUUUCUCAAUGUGAGACUUUUCAUCAUUAAGAUGAAUUUAGAAAUGGCUGUUGCAUAUUGGAAUUUAGUAUUAUCUGGAAGGUUUAAGUUUUUAGAUCUUUGGAACACCUUUUUAUUGGAACAUCACAAAAGAUCAAUCCCAAGGGACACGUGGAACCUUCUGCUAGAUUUUGGAAAUAUGAUCGCCGAUGAUAUGUCUAACUAUGAUGAAGAAGGAGCAUGGCCUGUUCUUAUAGAUGAUUUCGUAGAAUAUGCACGGCCAGUAGUCACAGGUGGUAAACACAGCCUUUUCUAGGCAGAAAUGAAGAUGAUGUAGAAUUAUAAAUGAACUGCAUCCUGCAAAGAAACAUUUUGGUUAGUUACUGUGCACAUAUGUCACUGAUUUCAGAAGUUAUCCUCGACCAGUUAUGAAACUGGAAUGACCAUCUCACUCUGCUUAAGGAAAAUGGUGGCUGAUACCGACACCGUAAGGAGAUCCUCAGGAGACAGCUGCUUUGAAAUGUUUAAAGAUGGGUCACAUAGCCGUUGUUUAGGAGAUUUCUGCAUGAGUUUUAUAUUUAUGAAAAAGUAACCUAGAGCCUGUUUGCAGGACUACAGAGCAUGCUGUUAAUUCAUGAUUUAAGGUGAACACCAGCAGUUGCCAUACUCCGCCAAAUUAUAUUGUAAUUACACUUAAAAAAAAAACAAUAUUUGUGUCCUUGGUAGGAUGUUGUAUUUUUAUACAAGUCAAAACUGUUUAAAAUGUGCCCCAAAGAAGAUGAUCUUGUCGUGGAUUCUAACAUUUUUUAAACUUGGUGCCAGGAAUUUAAGAUUUAUAUUUUUUGAAUUAUCAAAUAUCUAGAUUUACCAGAUCUAUUUUUGUUUAAUUUUCUCUAGAUGUUCAUCUGAAAGUCAUUUUAUAGUUUUUAAUAGUCAUUACAGUUAGCACAGUGAUGACACAUGUAGAAUGUGAUUCCAGAAAAGUUUUAUUUUAAAUUGUUUACCAAUCUAGUUUACUUCUAAUAAUGUCAUUUGAACUUCCUAAGAAGUUUCAUAAAGUAUGUUUUUUUUAAAUGUAUUUUAUUACAUUUUAAAAGACAUUUUCCAUGAAAACUAUUUCUUUUAUGGAUGAUGAAUUACAGAUUUAAAAAUCAAGUGCAUUGGUUCCUUUCAACUAUCCGUAAUAUCCAUAAUGUCCACCCUCCAGCCUUUGUAUGGUUGUACACAUUUGGAAGCUAAAAUACACAUCGUUGUCAAAAAAACAAAACCGGAAACCUUCAUCUGAUUUGCAAGCUGAAGUCUGUCUCAGCUUCAAGUUGCCAUCUAAUUCUUCUGGUGUUUGCCUUGUCAAAGAGGACCGUCCAGGGCGGCACAGGGAUAACUGGGGUGCUGUCCAUAGGCCGGAGACCUGCAGUGUACCUGCUCUUCUUUUAGUAAAGCUCUGUGUAGAGUUCUGAAAAUCACUGUGUGGACCCUACCUCAUAUUUGAAAAGAUCUUCAUGUCACAAGUGUGCCUGCUGCCCUGCCUGCAACUCAGUUUAUCAGACAGAUAAAUUGCGGUUAUUUCACAGAAGAGAGGAGAUUUAUUUCAGAUUUCCUGUAAACAGAAAGUGUGCCUAAAAUGUGUAGUUUGGUUUGGCUUCCAAAAAUGUGAUUCAAUCAGUGUUCUAGGAAGCACCCAUGUACAACAUGAGGUUCAUGUAGUCCAUACUUAAUAUAUGUGAACUAUUAAACUUUUGAAUAGAAAUUUUUCGAAGAGUGCAGCAGGCCAUGGAAGAUUGGGAAGGGAGCUGAGGCCUGGAGACCAGAGUCAGGCUGGGGUCAUUGGCCCCUAACUAGGUACAGGAUCCGAGUAAGUCUCUUAUCUUCUCGGGGCCUCCACCUCCAUGUCUACAAAAGGACAAGCGAGGCUGUCUCUUAUCUGUAAGUCUGUAAUUCUAAGAGAGCGUUUAUUUUACAUAAUAAAAGCUAGCUUUAAUAAAAACCUCAAUGAUUUUAAAUCAUCCUUUGAGGCUUCAUGUAUUCUUGACAUGUAAGUGUUCUGCUCAUAGAAGGUUAUAGAACUCAUAUAAUUCUCUAUAAAUUGUAGAGGUCUUUGACACUUAUUCUUAAGAUUUAAAGUUAUAUGGGGGAAAAAAUGUCCUAUGGACUUGUUUUCCAGGAGAUAUCAAAACAGUAAUUGGACAAAGGCUCUUCAAAAAACUGUGGGUUUCUUUUUCUUCUGUUAUAUAGAUUUAAGUCAUGCAUGCUAUGAAAGUGCUAAGAACUUUGGAAAAGUUAAAAUAAAUUAUUUUCUCUGGUG